UAUGCUUUACCAAACACGCUUUUAGGCUUCUUGUUCUGCAAGACGCCUUCUCUAUUCUAGCAAAGAACCAUAAAUAAACCAAAAAAAGCUCAAAACCCCCAAAACUGAGAAUACAUAUUUCAGCCAAAAAUCGAACUCAGAUCCGAAGAAGAAACGCAGAAACCCACCGAUUUCAGCUGCACAAAGGCAGAUAAACACAGCAAAAAUGGAGUCAGUUUUCGGGCUGGUCGGAAAGGAUUUCGCGAUAGUGGUGGCGGACACAUCGGCGGUCCACAGCAUUCUCGUGCACAAAACUAACGAGGACAAGAUCAUGGUCCUAGAUUCUCACAAACUCAUGGGCGCCUCCGGCGAGACCGGCGACCGGGCUCAGUUUACAGAGUAUGUACAGAAGAAUGUAGCUUUAUACCAAUUCCGUAAUGGCAUUCCUCUGACAACUGCAGCUACUGCAAACUUCACCAGAGGCGAGCUCGCAACUGCCUUGCGGAAGAAUCCAUACAUGGUGAACAUCAUCCUGGCUGGAUACGACAAGGAUGUAGGCCCUUCCCUCUACUUCAUCGAUUACAUCGCCUCCCUUCACAAGGUUGACAAAGCAGCCUUCGGUUACGGGUCCUACUUUGCACUCUCCUUGAUGGAUAGACACUACCGCAGGGACAUGACUGUCGAGGAGGCCAUCGAGUUGGUCGAUCAGUGCAUAAGGGAAAUCCGUAGUAGGCUGGUCGUAGCCCCUCCAAACUUUUUAAUCAAAAUCGUGGACAAGGACGGGGCAAGGGAAUUCGCGUGGCGUGAGUCCAUCAAGGAUGCCCCCGUCGCUGCAGCGUGAUUCGGCCUCACUUGUUUAUGGAUUGCAUCUGUUUUUAAUAUGUAAUAUGCCAAGAACUCUUGCAGCUUGAGGAAAUUUAGGUGCAAUUAGUGUGUGAACUGCGUGGGUGAGAUUUCCUCUUAUCUAAGAGAUUUCUCUUGCUAAGGACCAUUGAAUAUGCUUCCUUAUUCUUUUACCUAUAUGUUUCCUUACUUUAAACACUUGCAUUUUCUGGUGA